CAACAUUCACAGCUAAUCCAAGCCACCACCAUGUCACUCGUCGAAGAUCUGCUCUUCUGUCCGUACAACCGUGCCCACCGCAUUCGGCCGGACGCCAUGCCGAAGCAUCUGUACAAGUGCCGCCGGAACCACCCCAAGACGAAGCUGGUGAUCUGUCCGUUCAACACGAUCCACCACGUGCCUGGCCCGGAGCUGACCGCGCACAUCGCCGACUGUUCCGACCGGGCAGCGUUCGAACUGUACAAGUACUGCAUCACCGACGGAUCGCGGCAAAGUCACACCCCAACCGCCCAGGAACCGGAACUGAUCUACAACAACGAACCACCACGACGCAGUCUUACGCCAGAGUCCGGCUUUGGUGAAGCGGAAGAAGCGACUGGACGAAGUCUCCAGGAUGAUGACGAGUGCUGGGAUGAAAGUGCGGUUCCGGCUUACAAUCCGCAUGCGUACUGCAAAAGUGCGAACGUGAUUCGUAAGGCCACUAAUAUGAAGAAAUCACAGAAGCGUGAGUUCUAUCAAGCGGAACGGGAACGACUCAACGGCUGGAGAAGUGGCUCGACCAGCUCGGAAUCGGAUGAUGGAUGUCGAGAGGCGACGACACUUGCUGGGGCUGAUGAAUGGUGGGAUGAUGAGGUCGUACCGGCUAAGGACAUUCAGGUGGUACCCAAAAGAACUACAUCGGAAAAGAAGCAGGUUCAUCGUUCUGAUCAGCAACUGAAGAAGGAGAUGGAUAAUAUGAGCGUGUCGUUUGCACAGACAUUGAAAAUGAAUCAGAAAUCAAAAUAAUUUAAGAAUCUUGUAUUAUAUUAGAAUUUGGAAAA